AUGAAUAAUAACAUAACACAAAAUACAAAUUAUAACCUAAUCAAAAAAGAUUCAGAGCUGCAAUUGGCACUUAUUGAUAAAUAUGUUAAAAUACAAAUAAUAAAGAACUGCUGUCAUACGGGAUUUGUCCACUCCGUGGAUCCAGUAACGCACAGCAUUAUCUUAUUAAUACCUCAAGGAGAUACAUAUAAAACUACCAUAAUUCCUGGUCAUGCUAUUUUGGAUGUAACUGAAGAGGUUUUACCAGCCGACAUAAAACCCCCACAGCGUAAGCAAUUGGAAGCUGAUUCUGGAGAAGAUCUACUAAAGAGAAAAAAGAAACUCAUUGCAUGGUUUAAGUUAAAUUUGCUGCCAGUAUCAGAACAAGAUGAUGCAAUUAUUAUUGGCAAUGUCAAUUUGCUUCCCCCUUACAAAAGUUUAGAUUUAUGUACAGAUAACCCUAUAGUAGCCAUGCAAAUUAAAAAAAUAUUGGAGAGAAUGCCAGAAGAUAUGGUUACAGUUUAA